GACAGGAGGUGACAAGGAAUGGGGGUUGCUGACCAAAGGGUGGGGGCCAAGGCUUCUGAAGUCACUUAACCUUCUCCUCCACCCCUCUUUAGAGUUAUCCUUCCUAUCUUCUUGGCUCUGUCCCUUUCCCUCAGGACCCAGUGAGAAAGAAUGAGGGAGUAUUCAUGCCUCCAGGGCCCUCUGCUGCUACUGCUAUUACUAGGAUACAAGAGAACUAACAUUACCAUUCCCCUUAUGUUCUCCAAGCUCAGUUAUCAGAUUCCUACUCCUCUCUACCCUGCCCUUCACAGACGGAACUUUGGCAUCUUGUCUCCUCUCAGCCUGUCAUCACCCCAUUCCCAGAACCAGAAGUGUCCCAUCUUCCUGGUCCUCUUUACCACCACCCCCCCUUCACAAGGCCUUGGUGCUGUGUUUCACCAGGUCUGCCCAUAUGUUUCCCCAGGCUGUGGGCAGCCACGGAUGUCUAACCGAAUCGUGGGCGGGAGGGAUGCCCGGGAGGGGGAAUGGCCAUGGCAAGCCAGCUUGCAGUACCAGCGGUCCCAUGUGUGCGGGGCCUCGCUCAUCUCUCGACAGUGGGUGCUGACAGCAGCUCACUGCUUCCCAAGACCCGUGAAGCUGUCAGACUACCGCAUCCGACUAGGGGAGUUCCGCCUGGCCCGGCCUUCACCCCAAGCCCUCUCCUCGCAACUGCUGCGGGUAGUGCUCAACGCCAACUUCACGGAAGAAGGGGCCCAAGGCGACAUCGCGCUGGUCCAGCUCCGCCGCCCAGUGUCAUUCAGUGCACGUGUCCGACCCGUCUGCCUACCUGCACCUGGAGCCUUCCCAACCCCCGGAACCCGGUGCUGGGUCACUGGCUGGGGCAGCCUCCGACAGGGAGUGCCACUGCCUGGCUCCAGGCCCCUGCAGGGUGUCCAGGUCCCGCUGAUAGACAGAUGGACCUGUGACCGGCUCUACCAUGUGGACUCCAACAUCCCCCUCACCGAGCCCAUUGUCUUGCCUGGUACCCUGUGCGCAGGCUAUGCCAGGGGCAGCAGAGAUGCCUGCCAGGGAGACUCUGGGGGCCCCCUGGUAUGCAUCCAGUCUGGUCGAUGGGUCCUUGAAGGUGUGGUGAGUUGGGGCAAGGGAUGUGCUCUGCCCAACCGUCCAGGUGUCUACACCAGUGUGGCCUACUACUGGCCCUGGAUCCAGGCUCACUUAAGCACCUGGGCCCCACAUGUCAACCCCCAAGAGCCCAGUCAUCCCAGAUCCCACCAACUCUUGCCAUUAUUCCUUUCUGGCUUCUGAAAAUGGGUAACUCAGUUCAGUGUGUUGGGAAAGAGACAGGAGAAGGGAAGAGAGACUCAGUAUUUGCAUGGAAAAUUGAGUAAUGGUUCUUUCAGGGAGAAACAGGAAUAAGUGUCUGGGUCCCUUCCCCCACUCCUUUCCCAACAACCUCAAGAGGUCAUUUCACCCCAGAAUCCUCCUACUUCUAGAAUUGCUUCUCCUGUUUAGUUCUACUCUGGGAGACGCUGGGCCUCCUAAUUUUAACCUCUGGGAAACACUGGGCCUCCUAAACGCUAGGCCUCCUAAUUUUAACCUAACGUACCUAAUAACAUUGAAUAAACUGUGGUUUGAUGA